CGGCGCUGGGAUUGGAAGAGGGCUGGACCAGUCUGCAUUUCGGCGCGGCCCGGGCGGAGGCUGCCUUCCAGAAUUAGAAAAAUCUCAACUGAAAUUGUGAAGUAACUGCAACCUUUUGUGACUUGCCAAGAUGUUGGAGGAAGAUAUGGAAGUUGCCAUCAAGGUGGUGGUGGUUGGAAAUGGAGCUGUUGGAAAGUCCAGUAUGAUCCAGAGAUAUUGCAAAGGAAUUUUUACAAAAGACUACAAGAAAACUAUUGGAGUUGACUUCCUGGAAAGAGAAAUGCAAGUCAAUGAUGAAGAUGUCCGAUUGAUGCUGUGGGACACAGCAGGUCAAGAAGAAUUUGAUGCAAUUACUAAAGCUUAUUACAGAGGAGCCCAAGCUUGCGUACUUGUGUUUUCAACCAUUGACAGAGAGUCUUUUGAAGCAAUCCCUACCUGGAAGGAGAAAGUAGUAUCUGAAGUCGGAGACAUUCCUACAGUGCUUGUUCAGAAUAAGAUUGACCUCUUAGAUUAUUCCUGUAUAAAAAAUGAAGAAGCAGAAGCAUUGGCAAAAAAGUUAAAAUUAAGAUUCUAUCGAGCAUCUGUAAAGGAGGACUUAAACGUAACGGAAGUUUUUAGGUAUUUGGCUGAGAAGUACCUUCAAAAACUCAAACAACGGAUAGUUGAAGAUCCAGAAGUAGUACACACAAGUAGUAACAGGAUUGGUGUCUUCAACACAGCAGGCGGAAGUCAUUCUGGCCAGAAUUCUAACUUGCUUAAUGGCGGUGAUGUCAUCAACCUAAGGCCAAACAAGCAACGGACCAAGAAAAACAGAAGUCCUUUUAGCAACUGCAGCAUACCUUGAUGCUGCCACAUAGACAGGAAAAGCCGGUCUGACACAGCUGUUCAACUGAAGUUUGUAAGGAACACAGCUGGCUAUAGAGGUGUUUUACCAGUGCUUUAGCAGAUGUUGCACGCAUUGGAUCCCACAUUAAUAGUGGAUACUGCUGUUAAAAUGAAUUAUUAUUAUUAUUAUUAUUGGUACGUGGGACCCUGGUGGCACAGAAAUAGAGUCAUUGCCCCAUGCAUUUAUUUCACAUUGAAUAGGACAACUUUCCAGUUGAAAGGUAUGAUGUAUUAAAGUGUACAGUAGGUUUCACUUUUUGGGAAAAAAAAACUUAAAUGGAAAGGCUUAAAUAUCAGUAGUAUUCAUACUGUUCAGGCUAAAAUAGCUUUUCCUACUUAUUGGACCCUAUGGCUCAUUAGGAGGAUACUUAAACUAAAGCUGAAAUUAAAAGUUUGUUAAACUACCCAGUGCACAUUCCUACAACAUUGGUGGUGCAAUAUUUGUAUAGCUUAUGAAUUUUAACUGCAGUGUGCAAACAUAUAUAGAAGCUUGAUCAAAGAUUCAGGCUAAUAAAAGAGGUACUGUGUCUGAUUAUAAGGUCUUGAUGACUACUAAACUGACAUCCUAAAAAUAAUUUUCAUUUUUAUAAAUAACUAUUGAAUGAACAUUUUUCAAAUGGUACUCUGCAUGUUCCAACUUCUCCCUUCACAGUGGGCCUUAACUUUAAAAAAAAAAUGUGCUGUGCCAAAACCUAAUGUUUAUGCUGCUAGUUAAGAUAUUUUAAUCAAUUUCAUGUUGGGAUUUGCAUUUCAAAUUUUUACAGGGCAAGGAGGUGAUAAAUAGUAUAGUCAGGCAGAACACAUCAAGUUGUUCAGUUUUUUAAAAAAUAGAACUGUAGCUUGUAUAUUCAUACACUCUUAUGGGAAAACAUGGUGAAAUAUGAAGAAAUUUGUUAUCAAAAGAUUAAAGUUAUUUCAAGGAAUUUCUCCAUUGCAUCCUGUAACAUCUAUUGUGCACCCAGGUUGAGUGGAAAAGGCCCUUUUCUUGUUACAUCGUUUUAAAGAUUGCCUGUUCUUAAUCGCACUGUGUGAAUGUAAGCCUGCAAUCUUAUGCUUACUCACUUAGUCCCACGAAGUCCAUGGGAUUUACUCUGAGUAAACAUGUGUAGGAUCAAACUGUUGUCCCCUUAAAGUUGAUGUACAUCCAUAUAAUAUGUUUACGAACAGGGUGGUAAACUAUUUUU